UAUUUAUUUCCUUGCGCUCUCUGAAGUCUACGAAAAAAUGGCAAUUAGUAAUAAGAUUAUUUUUAAUAUAUUCGUAGAAUAAAUGUAUUGGACUUGUUUGGUUUUACAACAGCAUUCAUAAAUUGGUCCACAAUAUUCUGGGACUAAAAGAGAUUUAAAAACAGGACGGAAUUCAUUGAUACGGGACGCUGGUAGAAGCUGGAGAGAAAGAUAUAUGAUAGUUCAUAACUUAUUUAUAUAACAAUAGCUAAUAGGAAUCCAAGUCCAUUAUGUCGGCUAUAUUGGAAGAGACCUCGAAUCGUUUGUUACCUAGAAUAGUGCUAAUUGCGUGUGGUUCGUUUAGUCCACCAACUCCUAUGCACCUGCGAAUGUUUGAAAUAGCUAAAGAUCAUUUUGAAAUGCAGGGCACACACAAGGUCAUUGGUGGCAUUGUUUCGCCAACGCAUGACGCCUACGGCAAAAAAGGAUUGGCUCCGGGCAAACAUCGUUGCGCCAUGGUUAAAUUGGCAUUGCAGUCUUCUUCGUGGAUACGUCUAUCAGAGUGGGAAACCAUGCAAGAUGGUUGGUCUCGCACCCAAACUGUUCUACAGUAUCAUCAGAAUUUCAUGAAUAAUUAUAUAAAUUCGCCUGACUUGGACAAUAUGAAUGGCACCGAUAAGCACAUACCAGGAUGGCUGCCGCCAGUCUUAAGAGAACGUCGUGAUCCAGUACAAUUGAGGCUAUUGUGUGGUGCUGAUUUGCUCGAGUCAUUUGCUGUACCCGGGUUGUGGGCCGAAGACGACAUUGAGGACAUCAUAAGCAACCACGGUCUAGUUGUCAUAUCUCGAAGUGGCUCGGAUGCAGAAAAAUUCGUUUUUGAAUCGGAUAUUCUAACAAAAUACCAACGGAAUAUAACUUUGGUCACUAAUUGGGUUUCGAAUGAAGUAAGCUCUACCAUGAUUCGGCGCUUACUCAGUCGAGGACAAUCGGCCAAGUACUUAAUCGACGACCUAGUUUUGGAGUACAUCAAGCGGUUUGGCCUUUUCCAAUCUAAAACUAAGUAUAUAACAUCCUUAACAAGACCUCCCAAGCAGAAUUUCCUUAAUAUCGCUUACAAUAAUCAUCAAACGAAUAUGCAAACAUCAUCAAAUGAGACCACACCCUCUGAUGUGGAUGAUGACGAUGAUGAUGGUGAUGUUGUUACUAACAAAGAAGAAUAUAUGGAUGAGACAGAUUUUUCUACAGCUAAAAUUAUAAUGCCCAGAAAUAAUUUAGAUAACCGUAAACCCAAUGUCUUCUGUUGUGGCGAUUCCAAAGGCAGUGGGGUAAUCAAUAAACUGUUGGGUGGUCAUACCACUAAGAAGAAACCAUCUGGUCCAGGGCAAGCAGUGCAAGUCGUAACCAAUGAGUAUGGUGUUACUGAGAUUUUCGAUGAAGAUGAGAUGCAAAGCAAAAAAUUUAAAAUGGCUGAUGUCUAAGAUAGAAGGACAGCAUUUGAAGGCUAGAAAGCAUUCCAAUAGUGGUCCAGAAGAAGAAACGCUAUUCCAUGUAAAGGAAACACAAUACCUUAACUAUUUAUGAUAUAAUCCAUAUUAAAUGUGCACUUAACAAAAUAAUUUACAAACAUUUAUUGAGAAUAUAUACAAAUGACAUUUAUUUAUUACUCUCCAAUGCAA